AUGUUCAAGAAAGAGCCUCAUGUCAAGGCGUUAAGUAACCUGAAGAACUCGGAGAGAAAGAAGCUACUUCAAACUUGCAAAGAACAGACUGGCUGCUCAGAGUAUAGCUUUGCGUCGGCUAUUGUGAAGCAAACUAACUACAAAGGUCAGCACAGCAGUGGUUCUGUAUAUACAGACGAAAACAAUGUGCCAAUUUGGUUCAAAGAGAAGCAUGGUGAACUGCUGUUUCCUACGGUAUACUCGUGCUGGAGCUUUCCCAAGCUGCUGCCUAUUGUACUGACUCAUGACUUUGUCAUUGAGGAAAGAAUAUUUAAUGGGGCCAACUUAAUGCUUGCGGGCACCGUACCGCCAUUUGAUCCAAGAUGUGAACCAGCCACCGUGUGUGGGAUUGCAAGCAGAGAUAAUCCCACUGUGGUUCUAGCAGUCGGCGUUGUGCAACUGAACCUUCCGACCUACGAUUCAGUUAUCGGACAACAUGGCAUUGCCGUUCAAGUGAUGCACUAUUUAACAGACGGCCUGUGCCAGGUAUUCAAGAUGGACCUCGAGCCACCUCUUCGGGCGUCUGGGCCUACCGAGGGCGAUAAGGAGGACGCUGAGGCCGCUGAAGAGCUGGACCUCAGCCGGGAUAUCUCUCAGACAGCAGUGCGCAUUGAGGAUGUCGCAGAAGUCCUUGACGAAUUAUCCGUCGAAGAUGUGGACAAUUUUUUCACCAGGGCUUUGUACUAUACCUUGACACAGGACACCAAUCUAGAGUUACCCAUUACUGCAUCCAACUUCAUAUCAGCUCACGUCCUACCGAACCUUCCGCCCGUCGACCCGACACAGGUUAACAUGAAGAAGACGUCUUGGAAGAAGAGUGCCAAAUAUCUGAAGCAGUUUGAGAAGGCUGGGUUCCUGCAAUUAAAGGGAAAGGGGGACGAUCUGGUCAUUGUCGGUGUGGAUAAGGAUAAAGACGAGCUGAAAAGUUUCGUCCCCUACAAAACAAGCGCUGACAGCUCCACAAGAAAAGGGCAAUGCAGAGAAAAGCCUGCUGGUUCGCCAGAUGCAAUGUACUCUGAAAAGUACUACAAACCGAUAAAUCUCGGAAAAGAUUUCGUGCAGUGCACGAGUUUACCUCCUAAGCUUCUCUACAGCGUGCCAGACCUUAGAGACAGCCUCAAUGAGUACAUUACGACCCAGAAACUGGUCGACAGCCGAAACAAGAAGAUGGUGCUACUCGAUGAUCUCUUGUACGACCUCGUCAACAAGAGGAAGAAAGCUCAGGACGCGCCGCGCUGCAUCUCCAGGGCGCAGAUAUUGGAACCGUUCCUGAGCAAUAACUUCACUGAAUUCUUCCAAAUUUUCAAGGACGGAGCGCCUCUCUUCAAGAGCCCUGCCAAAGGUUCGCUGCCGCACGUUAAAAUAGUCACAGAGAUGAAGAUUGGCAGAAAAGUGGUCACCAGGGUCUCCAAUUUCGAGCUUUUCAAAGUCAAUACCGAUGAGCUAGCUGCCGAUUUGCGAAAACUCUGCAGCGGGUCUACAACCGUGGGUGAAACCUUGUCGUCCCCAAGAACUGCGGAAGUGCAAGUGCAAGGUGCGCAUGGCAGUCUGAUCAUCGAGCAUCUGAACAGCAAGGGAAUCCCAUCCAAGUGGAUUGACUUCGAAAGUAAGCUGAAGAACAAGAAGAAGAGACCGACAUAA